AUGGCUUCCGAUCUUGCGAGCAAGGAGCAAGGCGCUGCCCACCAUGAAGACGCUAUAAUGCCUCCGAAUGCUUUCCAGAGCGACUUGAAGCCCAGCGAUGAGAACGUCAAGCGGGACCAGCAUGGCUAUCCUCUCAUGCCCCAGCCGUCGGACAGUAAGGAUGACCCGUUGAACUGGUCGACCGGCAUGAAACUCGCAGUCGCCCUCCAAAUCAGCUGGCUUGCCUUCCUGGGUCCCAUGGCCGCAGCAGUCGCCAAUCCAGCCUUCGUCCCGCUCUCCGAAGCUUUUGGAAUAACAAUUGUGGAAGCUUCGUACGAGCUGACGAUGUACAUCGUCUUCGCCGGCAUUGGUCCGCUACUAGUCAUUCCCUUCGCCAACACGUAUGGACGAAGACCAGUGUACCUGCUCGGAGCUCUCAUCGGUGGCAUAACAAACAUUGCAGCGGGUUACAGUCCGACCUGGGCCGGUAUCCUGGCCACCAGAGCGUUCAAUGGCAUUGCUGCUGGUUCUCCAGGCGCUAUUGGGGCUGCGACGAUUUGCGACUUGUUCUACAUGCAUGAGCGUGGAUUCUACAUGGGCAUCUUCACGCUCUUCGUGACGAAUGGUCCGCAUGUUGCACCUUUGAUCGGAGGGUUUGCUGCGCAGUACUUGAGCUGGGAGUGGUGCUUCCGCAUCCCUGGGUUCAUUCAGCUGGGGACGUUCGCCAUCACCCUCUUCUGCCUCCCCGAGACCCUAUACUCGCGGGACACGAUCCGUCACGAUCACGAACCAAACUCGUACGUGGACCUCCUGACCUUCCGCUCGCACACGUUGCCACAGCGGAAGCUGCAGCUCAAGGACUUCUGGCGCAGCCUGUACAUGCUCAAAUACCUCGCCGUCGCACUCCCAGGGCUUUACUACAUGACCGCGUUCGGCUACGGAAGCGUGCUGUUCGCAACGACCGGAGCGCAGCUGUUCAGCGAGUUCUACGGCUUCUCCGUUUCCCAGACAGGCCUGAUGCUUUCCAUUCCGCUGCUGAUUGGUUGUGCAAUUGGAGAAGCCAACGCUGGCUGGCUGACCGACUGGAUGGUGCGGCGAUACGCGAACAAGCACGACGGUGUACGGAUGCCGGAGGCUCGUCUCGAUGCCUUGUGGUUUGGUCUGUUGGUACCGAUCGGUGUCGUCAUCGAGGGGGUCUGCCUUUCACAUUUCGAGACGGUGUCUUGGGUCGGCGCUGCGUUUGGGAUGGGCAUUGCGAAUUGUGGUCUGCAGGCUGCUACCACCGUGACCUAUGCGUACACUACCGACGUGAGUAUCUCGGCGAGAGAUUGA